UCGUAUGAACUUCUCCCUUUGGGGUGUCCCUUUCUUGGUGACCAAGGGGAACCCAACACAGAGCAGCCUGGCGGUGUCCUAGCAACAAGCCUCCGCUGCUGCUUCUGUACACCCUGGGGCUCCUGAAACUCAACUGGGUUAGUAGAGAUACAGUGGAGAAAUAAAUAAAUACAUCUUUUGAUAAAUGGGAAGAAGGAGAUCUUCAAAAAAGGGUUUCAGGUGUUGGAGAUGGCUUUGGAAAUGGCUGUGCGGAUGGAGAUGCAGAGAGAGGAAGUAUUUUUUGUCGCCCCAUCACAGAAUGACUCAGCAAAAUCAAACAGCUGUGGCACUAGAAGAUUUCUCUCAUCCUUACUUCAUAUUGCAGAAAGAAACUGGAAGAUAUUACCGUCCAAGUAUGGAAAAGACGUACGACACACAAGAUACCCUAAUAUGCAAGGAUCAGAUGGAGGAAGAGGAAUCGCUGUCCGGUAUUCCUCCUGAGCAUCAACUGCAUCAACCCUUUGAGGAUGAGGAUUCCAGCAUGUCAGAAGAUCAGGAAUCUUCAGAAGAACAAGAUUCAGAAGUUGAUCACUCAGAAGAGCAUCAGAUAGUUUCCUGUUGUGCUGCUAAACUCCAUUUUGAGGUCAAACGAGAUUAUAAAAAUACUCAGUUUCUGGGGCCUGAAGGAAAUGUGGAUGUUGAGUUGACAGACGAAAACACAAACAGAUACAGCGUUCGGUUCCCUGCUGCUGGCUGGUAUCUGUGGUCAGCCACAGGCCUCGGUUUCGUGGUAAGGGCUGCGGCCACGGUGAGAAUUGCAUUUGGUUCCUGGAGUCAGCACCUGGCCCUGGACCUGCAGCACCAUGAGCAGUGGCUGGUGGCCGGCCCCUUGUUUGACAUCACUGCAGAGCCGGAGGAGGCUGUCGAUGAAAUCCACCUCCCCCACUUCAUCUCCCUCCAAGGUGACGUGGACAUCUCCUGGUUCCUUGUUGCCCAUUUUAAAGAUGAAGGGAUGGUCCUGGAGCAUCCAGCCCGGGUGGAGCCAUUUUACGCCGUCCUGGAAAACCCUAGCUUCUCUCUGAUGGGCAUCCUGCUGCGGAUCGCCAGCGGAACCCGCCUCUCCAUCUCCAUCACCUCCAGCACAUUGAUGUAUUAUCACUCCCAUCCCGAAGAUAUUAAGUUCCACUUGUACCUUGUCCCCAGCGAUGCCUUGAUAAGGAAGGCAAUAGAUGAUGAGGAAAAUCGCUUCUGUGGUGUGCGUCUACAGACUUCACCCCCGAUGGAACCCCUGAACUUCGGUGCCUAUUACAUUGUGUCUAAUUCUGCUCAUCUGGAAAUAAUACCCAGGGAGUUGAAAUUGUCCUACAGGAGUCCUGGAGAAAUCCAGCCCUUCUCGAAAUUCUAUGCUGGGCAGAUGAAGGAACCCAUUCAAGUUGAGAUUACUGACAAAAGACAUGGGACUUUGGUCUGGAAGACUGUGGUGAAGCCAGUGGACAUCCAGCUCGGAGCUACAUCAGCCCCUCCUGCCUCCUCAGGUGCAGCCUUUGUGAAGGAGAACGUCCGGCAACUCCAGGCCAGGAUGGGGGACCUGCAGGGGGUGCUCGAUGAUCUCCAAGACAGUGAGGUUCUCACUGAGAAUGAGAAGGAGCUGGUGGAGCAGGCAAAGACACGACAGAGCAAGAACGAGGCCCUGCUGAGCAUGGUGGAGAAGAAAGGGGACCCAGCCCUGGAGGUGCUCUACAGAAGCGUUAGUAAAAGGGACCCUUACCUUGUGUCCUAUCUUAGACAGCAGACCUUGUAAAGUGAGUCAGUCCGAGUGUCUGGAAGAGAGAAUCCAGCGUUCUCAUUGGAAAUGGAUGAAGAGAGAUGCAUCCUUGAUUCCAGUGUCCAAAACAAAGGAGGGCUGAGUCACAUUUGCCCAUCACACAGGCUUUUGGGACAGAUACAUAACCUAGAAGAUACUCAUGGGCUGUAUCCCAAUGCCUUUUCCUCAAGAAUAUCUGAAGAGAAAGACUAUACCUUCUGGCCAGGCACAGUGGCUCAUGCCUGUAAUCCCAGCACCUGGG